AUGCAGGAAACACCGGCGAGGGCCAGGUCAGGUGAUGAAGGGUUAGGGGAGCAGAUGGACGUUGACCGUGAAAAGACCAUCGAGGCGCCUACCAGUACCAAAGGGGGAAGCAUCCAGGGCUCUGAAAAGGGUAAGAAGGCUACCAAGAAAAAGACUGUGACGGUUGACGAAGAGGAACAAAGUAUGACCCUCGAGCAACGGCUCGAACGUCGUUCAAACAUCCAUGACGACAUGGCUCGCAUGCUCGAAGCUCGAGGCGAGGUCGCUGGGCACUACAUGGACCUCCAGGUCACUGUGGCCUCGAGCUUCCUGGGCUACGCCCUCGUUUACAUGGGCGGUGGGCCUGCCUUCAGCAACCAGCAGCUGCAGACGUUCACCGCCAACCGCAGCAAGUUCCUUCGUCGAGGUAUCUACCAGUUCGAGGGGUCCGACGACGCGAACUUGCGCUUUGUAUCCACCUUGCCCCUCGAGUACCGCACCUACAACACUCGACCCCUCGUCAAGUCGGUCUUCGACGAACUCAUGGCUGCUGGACCAAACCUUGCCCCCCAGGCGUUCGAGCACGCCAUCGUUCUCGCCCUUCCCGCAUCUGUUAUCGACAAGGCCAGCACGUUCUCCGAAGAGCUACCCAAAUUCCCUUGGGACGUCAAAAAGCUCCGAAUCAACCGCGACGCUGUGGAGGAAUACAACAAGAAGCAUCCCAACGAACCUGCGGCUGCUCACCUGGUCAACGGCGCCCACCGAGGAGAAGUGACGGAGGCGUUAACGAAGGAAAUGCGGGCGGCCUGGGCGGACUUGCUAGCCGCAGCAGCAGAGACCGAGAGUGGAGAGGAGAAGCAGAGGCUUCUCGACGCCAUUCGCAAAGACACCAAGCUCCUUGAGGAGACGGGAUUAUGGUGUGCCAAGAUCUACGACUUGGACUUCCUUCGGUCUGCGAAGCACGGUAUCGAGGGCUUGCGCAUGCUCGCCGCCAAUCCAGACUUCGCCUCCUCGCCCGACCGACCCUUUGACACUCUUAGGAACACGGUCACUGUUCUUAUCACCCUCCCCGCCGAGUACAAGGUCUGGAAGAAGCAGAUCAGCUACCUCCCAAGCGAGCCCCUCCUGCGAUCGUUGACAGACGCCCCUGUCGCGCUCGAAAACGUCAUCCACACAUUUGCCACGGACGCGCACAGCCAGGGAACUCAAUGCAAGCUCUCGUACGCAUUUUUCGAAAACUACCGAGGGCUAAUUGGAUCGAUCAUCUCCCCCCUCAUUCGCUCGAUGUUCCGUCCAGUCUCUUGGCUGGCAGCCCCAGCGAGUGCGGUUCCUGCAGGGUCUUCGUACGAUCCAUCUUUCGUCCAGAUGGAUUACGACUCGCUUGGCCCGUCGUUCUGGGAGGCCGUCGACAAGGCCUAUGCGGACAAGCUCAAGCCCUUCUUUGUAUCGUUUGCGACCCCACGAGUCCAUCUGGAAGAAGAGUCGGCGGGAUGGCUGAAGGCUGUCUCAGCCUUCUACGACACUGUUCACGGUUGGCUGGUCGAGAACGCCGACAGGGCUAAGAAAGCCGAAGAAACCGGGCUCAAGAUCCCUCACCAUGACGCUAUCCUGCUCAUGCCCGAGCGCCUGCGCAAGAUUCAAGAGUCGAUCGCCAAGAAAGAGGACGGAGAGUGGGCGCUUCCCAUCUACGUCCCUCAGUUUGUUUCGAAGUUGGUGGAGGACCUUCGAAGCCGUACUGAGGGUAUCAAAGUCGUCAUUUCCCUCGUCGACCCUGGUUUCCUUGCGCCGAUCCACGGCAACAACAAAUACGACUACACCAUCGAGGAUGUAGCUCGGUGGAUCGCAACGCAUCCCAAGGAUGGAGUCACGAACCCCGGCGAUCUCAUGGAGGACGACUGCUCCGAGGCGAUUCUGGACGGGUUCCGAAAGGUCAUUUUUCGCUAUCGUAACAGUGCUCUCGUCGAUUGGACCAAGGGUUCGUCAGCGUCAGGUUGGCUUGGUAAAGGGGCGCCUAUGGGCGUGGGGUUGAGCAAGCUCAGCGCCGUGGUCGAGUACUCCAACCCUGUCCAGGAAGCGGUCAAGUACGUCCCCCUCCUGCUUAGGGAGUACGCUGCGCUCCAGUCGGAGCACGAGGCCAAUCAUGUCGGCCAGUAUCCGGAGCUCGCUCCUUCGGUCAAGGCUCGAAACGGUACCUACUACCCCAUCGCACCCAAGUCGAUUCCCGACGACAAGCGACCUAAACUCCCCGACGUUUAUCCCGAGUACUACAGUUGGGUUGAGGCGCUCCUCACCCGAUCUGGGCGCCCUUGGAUGGCUUGGACUCCCGGUAAAUCCAACCAAGCGCACAACUUGCGUGCCAUGUCCGCCACCACCUCGUUCUGGAAGAACCUCGUCGCCCUCCCCAAGCUUGCCGAGAUGGUCAAGACUGACGCCCUCACUUGGGCGGUCUACAGCGAGCUCCUCGAGGUUAUCCACACCCAUCGAAAGGACUGGACCCCAUGGCACGGAAUUGGGAAGGACAAGCACAUUGCGACGUCGGAAUCGUCACAGCUCUUCAACGAGCGCAAGGUGCAGGACUACAAAGAAGCCCACGACCUCGACUCCCUUGUACGCGGUCAGACUAUCGAAAUGGCUCGGUUCUACAACACCCUCGUCCGCUCGUUCGCCAUCUCGUACACCGUCAGCGUCAAGGAGAAGGGCAAGCACGUCCAGAAAUCGUUUACGCGCAUUCCAGUGGGCGCGCGCAAUGACUUUAUCAGUGCUCUUAGGCGCGCCUGUUACAAGUGCAUGCUCGAACGCAUGCGCUUCUCCAAGGUUACUCUCGCCGGUGGGAAGAAGAUGAGGAUCGACGCUACCGACCUCACCAUUAUGGACGACGUCCUCAAGUCCGAGUUCAACAUCACUGUACCACCUGAGGACUCGGAAAUGUUCAUGAGCCUCACCGACCUCCAGAAUGCUGUCCGACCGCUGAAGAAGAAGGAGAAGGUUCUCGCCCUCAUGGGCCAAGGACCUGCCGAGCUCGUUCGAUCGUCGAAACUUGGGGUUGCCGUACCCAUUCCCAACGCGCCCAACUACAAGGUCAAGAAGCCCAAGGUCAAGAAGCAAGCCCAGCGUCUCCCCCAAGGUGGGGUCACGUUGAUGAACGUUGAAGGGGACAACGACGAGGAGAUGGAAAGUGUUCAAGCAGAGGAGAACGAGCAUGAGGAGGAGAACGAGGAAAACGAGGACGACGGGGAGCAGGAGGAGGACGACGACGAAAACCAGGGCGAAGACGACGACGAGGAUGAGGGCGAAGACGACGAGGGCGACGACGAGGGCGAGGGCGACGACGAGGACGAGGACGAAGACGAAGACGAAGACGAAGACGAAGACGAGGACGAGGACGAAGACGAAGACGAGGGUGAGGGUGACGAGACGUAA